AUGAAUUGUUUCUGGUUGUUUAUAAGUUUGUUCUCAAGUUUAGGGUUAAUUCAAGUUACUAACGCGUAUUUUGUGGGCAUUGACGAUUCCUUUUUAAAUGCUUCGAUUAGCAUUGGGGGUGCGCACUUAACUGCUCAAGAUAACAAGAAAGAGAUAGUAAACAGUAAAGGCCUUAGUAUUGAUUCAAGUGGGGCGAUUAAACUAGACAAUGACCGAUUGGCUGUUUAUAGUCCACAAGGACUUAUAUUCGAGUCAGAAGAGGAAACGUACAUGCGCUUCCCUUUCCUAAGACGAGGAGAUAGAGGAGGUCCUUUUACAGUCAAACAUGAUAGCUUGUAUACGGACUUACCCGUAUCUUAUCUCUAUGGAGUAUACUUGGGAGAGAAGUUGCGCAAGUUCAAAGAUAUGCCUGAGACUAAGUGUUCUUCCCUAAUACCCGCCUCACUUUGUCUGACUGUCCGUGCGUAUGCAACAAGUGAGCAAAAAGCACAGGCUCUAGAAGCAGCCACUGAAGCAGCUCGGCGGCUUUUUGAACGAUCAGUGACUGUAGGUAUAAUUGGAGAUGACGUAGCUAUUGCCGCUGAUUAUAUAGCACCUGGAACUGUACCUAAGAUAAUGCAGGUCUAUGUCCUACGAGGUCGGAUGGUAGUAGCUUCCUUACUAAGGUACACCCCUGAAAAGAAGAGACUAACUGCCGUCUAUACGCCUAAAGUCUUUCCUAUCUAUGAUGAGAACGAGUUGUACCAGCAAAUAGAGGAGUACUUAGUCUCGAAAUUAGUAGAGAUAGUUGCUAGUCGUAAAAAGAACAACAUGGCGAUUACUUUCUAUGGGGGCACUAAGCCAAUCCGGUGCGAAACUCAUCCUGAAACCGAUUUGGCUAAGGAAGAGAACGAAGAAGCAGUAUUGAGUUAUAGUUAUAACAUUUUACCUUUAGUUAAUAGUAUCUUGAUUGAAAUCAACAAUGAGCAUAAGGAAGACGCUCUGAUUGAGUUUGAGCAGAUUGUUUUGGAACAGAUUGAUACUGAGGAGAAACAGACUAUUGUUCCACGAAGUGAGCAAUCUCACCACCGGAUAAAUGUUGCUCCUUUAAAGAGUCAGUUAUAUCAAUGGGUGCAGGAUAAGGUGCCUUUGAUCAAUGAUAUGGUAGCUGCUGUAGAGGCCAAGAGAAUGAAGGUUAGCAAAAAGAGAGGUCAAGAAGAUAUUAUACCCGAAGUGACUUUGGUUUAUAACGAUGUUUUUGUCCCAACUUUAUUCCGUACGUUAUUAUCUGAAAGUAGAUUGAAUGAGGAAAAGUGCCAGUUUGCGAAUAAGUCUUCUUUAUCUUUAGGUGCAGCUCAAGUUAGGAAAGUAGGUAUUCAGGUGGAGUAUCCUCUAGGUACGAUUGGAGUCAAGAGUGCUCUGACUUAUGUUCUUAAUGGGGAACAGAAGACUAAUUCUGGCGUUGAACAUCUUCUGAAUAAUGAGAGUAAAGCAAUGGAGCACAUUCAGUUGAUUUGGAAGAAGGAAAACCUGGAGUCACACGAUACAGUCUUUAAGGGCUUGGAUGCGGAAGAGAAAGAAGGUUUAUUCUCUCGGUUAUUCUCUUAUAUUGGUAAUCGGACUGUAACGGCUUUUGGUAAGAGUCCGGAACGAUCUAAGGCCGUUGCUGACUAUAUGGCUACGAUUAAGGCUGCGGCCCAACGUGAGAGUAUUCGGUUAAAGAUAGAAGAUCUAAUUCGAGCUAUUCUUGACCAACUGUCUGAAGGAACGCGGAUUUAUGAAGAGGCUUUACCGCACAUACCUAAGGAGGCUGAAUCAUUCCAGCAGUACUUAGACCAAAUAUCUGCGGAAGUCAAGGACUUGCAAGCUAAGAAACCGAGUUUACAGGUCAGGAAGAUGUUUGAAAACGUUGAUACGCGGUUGGCUCUUAGAAUAGGAACCCUGCAGAAAGAGUAUAACGAGUUCUUACGUCUGCGAGAUGAGAAAGAUCUACAAGAGAGAGAAGCCAAGGCUAAAGCUGAACUUGAGGCUAAAGAAGGUGAAGGUAAGGAGGGUGAAGUUAAGGAAGGUGAAGUUAAGGAAGGUGAAGGUAACGCGGAAGAACCCACUUCAGCUCCAGUUACCCAGCCAGUUACUGCCGAAGGCGGUUCAAUGGUGCCAGUCGAUCCAGCUGAUCUACUUGAACAGUCCACCGAUACAGCCCCUGCCGAUCCUACCCCUACUGAGGCCACUGUGUCUACCAAAACUCAGACAGAAGGAUUUGAUAGUGGAACAGCAGCCAUUAUUGAUGAUAAGCCACACUUCCAGGCCGAUCUAUAA